AUGUCAACAAGUGCUCAUGAUAUUGUUGAUGGAAAUUCAUCUUUAAUUCUUGGUCUUAUAUGGACAAUAAUACUUCGUUUUCAAAUUCAAGAUAUAACAAUUGAAGAAUAUGAAUCAACAGAAACUAAAUCAGCUAAAGAUGCUUUAUUACUUUGGUGUCAAAUGAAAACAGCUGAUUAUCCAAAUGUCAAUGUACGAAAUUUUACAACAUCAUGGAAAGAUGGUUUAGCAUUUUGUGCUUUAAUACAUAAACAUCGUCCUGAUCUUAUACCACAAUUUAAAUUAUUAACAAAAGAUAAUCCAAAUCAUAAUUUACAAUUAGCAUUUGAUAUAUGUGAAAAACGUUUAGGUAUAAGUCGAUUACUUGAUCCUGAAGAUGUUAAUGUUGAAUAUGUUGAUGAAAAAUCUGUAAUAACAUAUAUUGUUACAUUAUAUCAUUAUUUUUCAAAAAUGAAAAAUGAUAAUGUACAAGGUAGACGUUUAGCUAAAGUUAUUGGUUCAGCACUUGAUUCAGAAAAAAUGGCUAAUGAAUAUGAACGUUUAGUAAAUGAUUUAUUAGCUUGGAUUGAACAAACAAUACGUGUUUUAAAUGAUCGACAAUUUCCAAAUUCACUUAUACGUGUACAUGAAAAACUUGUUGAAUUUAAUCGUUAUCGUGUUAUUGAUAAACCAGCACGAUUUGCUGAUAAAGGAAAUUUAGAAGUAUUAUUAUUUACAUUACAAAGUAAAGAACGUGCUAAUCAACAAAUACCAUAUCAACCACGUGAAGGAAAAAUGAUAUCAGAUAUAAAUCGUUCAUGGGAAAAUCUUGAACGUGCUGAACAUGAACGAGAAUUAGCAUUACGUGAAGAAAUUCUUCGACAAGAACGUUUAGAACAAUUAGCAACAAAAUUUAAUCGUAAAGCUGGCUUAAGAGAAAAAUGGUUAACUGAUAGUGAAAAACUUGUUGCAAGUGAUCAAUUUGGUACAGAUUUAGCUUCUGUUGAAGCAGCAUUUAAAAAACAAGAAGCCAUACAAACUGAUAUAGCUGCAUUUGAAGAACGUCUUCAAAAUAUAAUGGCUAUUGCAAAUGAACUUAAAACAGAAGAUUAUCAUGAUUAUGCAACAAUUGAAGCACGAAAAAAAAAUGUUGAAAUGCAUUGGGAAUAUUUAAUUAGUUUAGUUACUAAACGUCGACAAUGUCUUGAACUUGCUUAUAAUUUACAACGCGUUUUUCAAGAAAUGCAAUAUAUAUUUGAAUGGAUAAGUGAUUUAAAAUGGCGAUUAAAAUCAGAUGAUAUUGAAAAAUAUGUUAUGUCAGCUGAUGAUUUACUUCAACGACAUUCAUUAAUUGAAGCUGAUAUAUAUAUUAUUGAUGAACGUUUAAAACGUGCUAUAACUGAUGCUGAUGAAUAUCUUAAUCCUGAUGUUAAUAUUGAUGGUUAUCGUCCAGCAACACCAGAAGAAAUUGAAAUGCGUAUACAUAAUUUGCAAAAAUCUUAUGAAGAAUUAAUUGAAUUAGCACGUAAACGCCGUGAAUUACUUGAACAAGCAAAACUUUUAUCAAAAUUUUAUUCUGAUAUUGGUGAUGCAGAAUUAUGGAUUGAUGAAAAACAACAAACUAUGACAUCACCUGAUAUGGGUCAUGAUGUUAAUACAACUGAGAGUUUAAUUGGAAAACAUAAAUUAGUUGAAAAUGAUAUGAAUGCAAGAUAUGGUCAACUUGAAACAUUAACAAAUCAAGGCGAUUCAAUGAUAAAACAAGGACAUUUUGCAUCAAGAAAAGUUAAUGAACGUUUAGAUAUGCUUAAAUUAAAAUGGGAUAAUUUAAUACAAAUGUCAUCAAAUCGUGUUGAAAAAUUAAAUCAAACACAUGAUUAUUAUCAAUUUUUUUCUGAUGCUGAUGAUAUUGAUACAUGGAUGCUUGAUAUGUUAAAAUUAGUAUCAAGUGAAGAUAUUGGUCGUGAUGAAUUAUCAGCACAAACAUUAUUAAAAAAACAUAAAGAUACACAAGAUAUAUUAGAUAAUUAUCGUCAAACAAUUGAUAAUUUAAAACGAACAAAUCUACAAAUUUUAACUAAUGAACAACAAAAUUCACCUGAUGUUCAACAACGUCUUCAAUCAAUUGAACGUCGUUAUACAGAAUUACUUGAAUUAUCAAAAUUACGUAAACAAAAAUUACAUGAUGCUAUAUCAUUAUUUCGUUUAUUAGCUGAUGCUGAUAAUGUUGAAGCAUGGAUUGAAGAAAAAGAAAGAUUUUUAGCAACAUUAGAUCCAACACAAGUUAAUGAUAUCGAAGAAUUAGAAGUAAUUAAACAUCGUUUUGAUGGUUUUGAACGUGAUAUGAAUUCAACAGCAUCAAAAGUUGCUAUUGUUGGUCAUCAAGCACGUACAUUAGUACAAAAUGAUCAUCCUAAUUCACAAGAAAUAUUAGAUCGUAUUAAUAAAUUAAAUCAUAAUUGGGCACAAUUAAGACGUUUAGUUGAUAAAAAGCGUGAUGAUUUAAGUUCAACAUUUGGUGUACAAACAUUUCAUAUUGAAUGUAAUGAAACAAUAUCAUGGAUACAAGAUAAAAUUCGUAUUGUACAAUCAACUGAAGAUUUAGGUCGUGAUCUUGGUGGUGUUAUGACAAUGCAACGUCGUUUAAGUGGUUUAGAACGUGAUAUGGCUGCUAUACAAUCAAAACUUGAUCAACUUGAAUCAGAAGCAUCAAAACUUGAAAAAGAUCAUCCUGAGGAAGCAAAAGAUAUAAAUAAUAAAGUAAAUCAAAUAAAUUCUGUUUGGUAUGAAUUAAAAGAAAUUUUACGUCGUCGUGAAGAAUCCAUGGGUGAAGCAGCUGAAUUACAAAAAUUUCUUCGUGAUCUUGAUCAUUUUUCAGCAUGGUUAACACGUACACAAACAUUAGUUGCUAGUGAAGAUAUACCAAAUACAUUAAGUGAAGCUGAACAAUUAUUAAAUCAACAUCAAACAAUAAAAGAGGAAAUUGAUCGUUAUGGUCCAGAUUAUGCACAAAUGAAAGAAUAUGGUCAUUCUGUUAUACGUGAUGCUGAUACAACAGAUCCACAAUAUAUAUUUUUACGUGAACGUUUAAAUGCACUUGAUGAUGGUUGGAAUGAACUUGAUCAAAUGUGGCAUCAAAAAAAAAAUAUGUUAACUGAAGCUAUGCAAUAUCAAAUGUUUGUUAGAGAUUCAAAUCAAGCUGAAAUUUUAUUAAAUCAUCAAGAAGCUUAUUUAGCACGUGAACGUGAACAACAACCAAGAUCACUUGAUGAUGUUGAAAUGUUAAUUAAAAAACAUGAAGAUUUUGUUACAACAAUGUCAGCUAAUGAAGAUAAAAUACAAGGUGUUUGUUCAUUUGCUCAACGUUUAUGUCAAGAAAAUCAUUAUUUAGGUGAUCGUAUUCUAUCUCGUGCUUCAAUUAUAAAUGAUCGUUAUGCUGCUAAUCGUCAAUUUGCACUUGAAAUGAAUGAUAAACUUCAAGAAUCACUUAAAUAUUUUCAAUUUAUUCAAGAUUGUGAUGAUCUUAAAGAAUGGCUUGAUAUGAAAACUUUACAAGCACAAGAUGAUGCAUAUCGUGAUACAGCUAAUAUUCAUACAAAAUAUCUUCGUCAUCAAGCAUUUCAAGCCGAAAUAAAUUCUAAUAAAGAACGUUUACUUUCAUUAAAACAAAAUGCUGAACAAUUAAAAUCAGAAAAUUAUCAACAAAUUGAUACAAAUUUAAUUGAUCAACGUAUUAAUGAAUUAGAUGAUUUAUGGAUUAAAUUAGAAGAAAUAACACGUGAAAAAGGUGAACGUUUAUUUGAUGCUAAUCGUUCAAAAUUAUUUCAACAAUCUAUAACAAAUCUUGAUGAAUUUAUGUCUAAUAUUGAAAAACAUUUAUAUGCUGGUGAACCAACACCAACAGAUUUAACUGAAGGACAAAUUUCAACAACAACACCAACACUUGAACCAGUAGAAAAUAAUUUAACAGCAACAAAUCUUUUAUUACUUAAACAAACAACUAUUGAAGAAGAAUUAUCAAAACGUCAACAACAAGUUGAUGAAUUACGUACACAAGCUGAAAAAUUAAAACAAAUAGAACCAGAAAAAUCUGAUGAAAUUGAUACAAAACGUUUACAAGUUGAAGAAAAAUUUUCUAAACUUUUAUUACCAUUAGAACAAAAAAAAUUACGUUUAGAACAACAAAAACAUUUACAUCAAUAUCUACGUGAUAUUGAAGAUGAACAAAUAUGGUUAAGUGAAAAACGUCAUUUAUUACAAACAUAUUCAGAUUUAAUAUUUAAUAAUAAACAACAAACAUUAAUGAAUAUUAAAUUAUUAAAACGUAAAAAUGAAACAUUAUUGAAAGAAAUUGAAAAUCAUGAACAACGUUUAUUAGAACAUUUAAAUAAUGAAUGCGAACGUAUAAGUCAAGAUUAUCCAUCACGUGCAAAUGAAUUUCAACAACGUUUAGAACAAUUAACAGUUAAUUAUAAUGAUUUAAAACAAACAAUAAAACAACGUCGACAACAAAUUGAAUUAUUAGAAAAUCUCUAUCAAUAUUAUUAUGAUUUAAGUGAUGCUGAAGCAUGGUUAGGUGAACAAGAAUUAUAUAUGAUGAGUGAAGAACGUGGUAAAGAUGAAUUAGCAACACAAACAUUUAUACGUAAACAACAAACAAUCGAUCAAACAAUUGAAAAUUAUAGUCAUAUACUUCAUGAAUUAAAUGAACGUGCAAAAAAUUUACUAGAUAACUUAAAUCAAUCAAGUUUAUCUGAUGAUUUUAUUAAUGAACAUAAUGAUUUAAUUAAUAAACGACAAACACAAUUAGACAAAUUAUAUGCUAGCUUAAAAGAUUUAUCUAUUGAACGACGACAACAAUUAGAUGAAACAUUAAAACUUUAUCGUUUACAUAAAGAAAUUGAUGAUCUUGAACAAUGGAUAUCAGAUAGAGAAUUAAUAGCUGGUUCACAUGAGCUUGGACAAGAUUUUGAACAUGUAUCUAUGUUACUUGAUCGUUUUGUAGCAUUUGAACAAGAAACACAACAAAUUGGUAAUGAACGUUUACAAUAUGCAAAUAAUAUGAUUGAUCAUUUAAUAUCAAAUGGUCAUAUUGAUUCAGCACAAAUAGCUGAAUUAAAAGAUUCAUUAAAUGAAUCAUAUCAAGAUUUAUUAGAAUUAAUUGAAACACGUUUACAAUCAUUAAAAGCAUCAUGGGAAUUACAAAAAUUUUUACAUGAUUGUAAAGAAAUUUUAUUAACAAUGCAAGAACGUAAAAAUUCUAUACCAGAUGAAAUUGGUCGUGAUCAGCAAAGUGUACAACAAUUAUUACGUAAACAUCAACAAUUUGAAACUGAAUUAGUUUUAUUAGCACAAGAUAUACAACGUAUACAACAAGAAUCAAAACGUUUAAAUGGACGUUAUGCUGGUGAAAAAGAAGCUGAAAUAAAACAAAAAGAAAUUGAUGUUUUAACGCAAUGGAAAUUAUUACAACAAUUUGUUGAUCAACGAAAACGUUUAUUAAAUGAUUAUGAAGAUUUACAUAGAUUUUUUGGUUUAGCUAGAGAUUUACAUUUAUGGAUGGAUGUUAUGAUUAGACAAAUGAAUAAUAGUGAUAAACCACAUGAUGUUAGUGGAGUAGAUUUAUUAAUGAAUAAUCAUCAAAGUUUAAAAGCAGAAAUUGAUGCUAGACAAGAAAAUUUUAUUAUGUGUAUUAAUUUAGGUAAAGAUUUAAUUAACCGCCGUCAUGCACGUUCAUCUGAAGUAAAAGAUAAAUGUAUACAAUUAUCUAUGUUACGUGAUCAUGUUGAUGAUACAUGGAAUGAACGUUGGGAAUAUUUACAACUUAUUUUAGAAGUUUAUCAAUUUGCACGUGAUGCAGCUAUUGCUGAAACAUGGUUAAUUGCACAAGAAUCUUAUUUAACUAAUGAAGAACUUGGUGAAACAUUAGAUCAAGUUGAAAAUUUAAUAAAACGUCAUGAACAAUUUGAAAAAUCAUUAUUAGCACAAGAAGAUCGUUUUAAUGCAUUACGUAAUUUAACAACAUUAGAAAAAAAACGACAAUUACCACCAGUUGAACCUCGUCAAAGUCGUUUACCAAUUUAUUUAGAAGAAUUUAAAACAUGGGAAGAACGUGAUGCUGAACGACCAUCAACAUUAACAGAUAAAACAAAAUUUCAAUCAACUAUAACAGAAGAAAAAACUACGACUGAUGGUAGUAUUCGUUCAACAAUAUUACCAGGUAAACAACAAUCUAGUCAAGAUUUAGAAUCAACAAUUAAUAAACAACGACGAUCAGAAUCAGCAACACGUUUACCAACAUUAAAAGAAGGUUUCUUAUCACGUAAACAUGAAUGGGAAGGACAUGAACGUAAAGCAACACAUCGUGCAUGGGAAAAAUAUUAUACAGCAUUAAUAAACAAUCGUUUACAAUUUUAUAAAGAUGCUAAACAUUUGAAAACAGGUCGUACAAUGACAGAUGAUCUUCAAUUAGAUUCAUCAACAAGUGUUGCACCAGCCAUAGAUUAUCGUAAAAAAACAAAUGUAUUUCGUUUAAAAUUUCAAGAUGGUAAUGAAUAUUUAUUUCAUGCUAGAGAUGAUAUUGAAAUGAAUGAAUGGAUUACUGCAAUAAAUAAUUUCAUAUCAUCAUCAUCAAUAACUACCUCACUAAUAACACAAAUACCAACAAUUGCUUUAACAUCACCACCAACAACAACAAUGGUACCAUCAUCAUCAUCAUCAUCUAGUUCUCCUCAACAUCCACCACCAUCUACUAUGAUAUCAAGUACAUCAGGUAUGCAAAUGCCUCAAAGCUCAUCAACUACCGAACAAAAAUCACGAACAUUACCAUUACGUUCAAGUUCAUCAGUUGAACCUCAAGUUUCAUCGAGUUCAUCUCAACAACCACCAACAGGCAAAAAGAAAUCAGGUGGAUUUUUUUCAAUGAAACGAAAAUGA